GGAGUGGUUUGGAACAUAUGUCGCCCAUUGGUGGUGGUCAAAGACCACAAUUUGACCGCAGUUAACUGUUGACCGCCCCUGCACCCACUUUCCUCUCCGCCCCGAUUCAUCUGUUCCAAACAGAACAUACAUCUUUCUUUCUGUGUCGAAUUCUCUUAAAAAUUCCGUCAGAUCCGAUUCCACAUCUCUCACUCUCUCUAGUAUGUCGAAAUCGUUGCCAUACUCUAUGAAAGAUGUCCACUACGACAACGCCAAAUUCCGGCAACGAUCGUGCCUCAAGUUGAUUACCCAGAGUGUGCUUACCAGUAAAAAGCAUGAUUGUACAAGCUGUAGCACGGGAAAGUUUUUAGUGCUACUAAUGAUCGGUGGCUUGGUAUAUCUAAUGUUAACUCAUGCAAGUUCGAGCGACUCUGUUGGUAGAAUUGCAAAAGAUAUGGGUACUGAAGCAGGAGAUCAUCUCAUCACUAACGGUAGUAGCAGUUUUGCUAGAUUUUGGAGAAAACCACCUAGGCUUCCUCCUAGAUUAUCACCUGAUGAAAUGGGUACUAAUAAUAGUUCUCAGCAUGAAGCUGAGAAGUUAAAUGUAGCAUCUAAGUGGAGAGCAAGGCAACAAGGUGUUAGAAACGCGUUUAUCCAUGCAUGGUCUGGGUAUAAAAGCUAUGCGAUGGGUCAUGAUGAGCUUAUGCCACUGAGCCAGAGGGGAGUUGAUGGUUUAGGAGGUCUAGGUGCUACUGUUGUGGAUGCUCUGGAUACAGCCAUGAUAAUGGGAAUUGAUGAAAUAGUUUCUGAAGCAGGUUCUUGGAUCGAAAAGCACCUUCCAGAGAGAAUUAACGAGAAAGGUCAAGUUAAUUUAUUUGAAACAACCAUACGUGUUCUAGGUGGCCUUUUGAGUGCUUACCAUUUGAGCGGGGGACAACAAGGAAAGAACCUAGCACACAAGGGUCCUGAACCAGUUGUCUAUUUAGAGAAUGCUAGGAAUUUAGCUGAUCGACUGCUAACUGCUUUUACUUCAAGUCCAACUGCUAUUCCCUUUAGUGAUGUCAUUCUACGUGAUAACACUGCUCACCCUGCUCCCGAUGGUUUGAGUAGCACUUCUGAAGUUUCCACUUUACAGCUUGAGUUCAAUUAUCUAAGCUCUCUCACUGGUGAUCCAAAGUAUAGUACAGAAUCCAUGAAGGUCUUGGAACAUUUGAAGACUCUCCCAAAGGUGGAAGGACUGGUUCCUAUUUACAUAAGCCCUAACAAUGGUGAAUUUAGUGGCGAAAACAUUCGACUGGGAUCUCGUGGUGACAGCUAUUAUGAGUACCUCCUUAAAGUAUGGCUGCAGCGCCGAGAAAAUAACCUCACAUAUCUACAUGACAUGUACGAAGAAGCAAUGAAGGGUGUUAGGCACCUCCUUGUUCGCAAAUCCAGUCCGAAUGGACUGGUAUUUGUGGGUGAACUGCCUUAUGGACCUAAUGGUGCCUUCAGUCCUAAGAUGGAUCACCUGGUUUGUUUUCUUUCUGGUACUCUGGCCCUCGGUGCCACCAAAGGCAUUACAAAGGAAGCUGCUAUGAAAGCAAAUUUACUCACCUUUGAAGAUCUGGAACAUCUGAAGCUUGCAGAAGAACUGGCCAAGACAUGCUUCGAGAUGUAUUCCGUAACUUCUACUGGUCUUGCUCCAGAAAUCGCUUACUUUAAUGUCGAGCAGGGAAAUUCUGAAGGGGCUGCUGACGGUGGGAACAAGAGUUCAAAAUAUGUACAUGACAUAGUAAUCAAACACGCUGAUCGCCACAAUCUUUUGCGACCUGAAACUGUUGAAUCAUUGUUUGUCUUGUACCGCGUAACUGAAGAUCCUAAAUACCGUGAAUGGGGUUGGGAGAUCUUCAAGGCAUUUGAGAAAUACACAAAGGUUGGUUCCGGAGGUUACACUUCUCUAGACGAUGUGACUGUGCUUCCUCCUCGAAGAAGAGAUAAAAUGGAGACAUUUUUCUUGGGUGAGACGUUGAAGUAUCUAUACCUCCUGUUUGGGGACAAGACAGUCAUUGCUUUGGAUGAGUUUGUUUUCAACACAGAAGCACAUCCUUUUCCUAUUAUUAAAGGAAGUAGUGGGAUGGAAUGACACCUUUACCACUGCGGAAGCAUAUUUACGGUUUGAAGCAUAACCGUCCACUUGUGUACGGCACAAAAUGAAAAAUGAGCAACAAUUUGUCACAUUUUUAAUGUUCAAUGUGGAAGCCGAGGAAGUCUGGCCAUUAUAUUCAAAACCAUUACCGGGGGCCCUCCCUUUGAUUGUUUCCUUGUGCAGUUGAUCUGGAUCAACUCUUAUCACGCUGAAAAACCCAAUGGAAAAUACUUUGGAAUUUUCUGUUUAUUCCAACGGGAAUGGCAAUUUUGUAUGUUAAGGAGAUAUAGCGUGAGAAUCUAAAGCUUCUUUCUUGGUCGGAAACUGGUAGAAGGCGGACUAAAUGUGAUUGACUUUUCCAGUUUUCCGGUA